GAGCGACAGAGGAAAGACUGGAUGGUUGUCCAGAAAUUGAUGGAGAACGUUUGGCCCAAGGAUGAUUGGAGCACUCGGGGGAAAGUGAUCCUCGGUUUCGCUGUGCUCAUCUCUGCCAACGUGUUGAACGUGCAAGCCCCGCAACUGUUUAAGCAUAUAACCGAUGUCCUCAACAUGGACGCGGGAUCCCAAAGUACUGUCUGGAUUGUGGCUGAAGGGGCUACACACAUUGGAGCAUCGUUGUUUGGGGAGCUCUUGAGUGCCGUGUUCGAACGCUCGCUAAAUCUAGAUCACAAAUUCCAUCUGUCACGUCGAACUGGUGGACUCACU